AUGGCACCGGCUGUUUUGGCUUCCUUAAACGAACCGUCGUUCCAGGGACAAUGCGGCGCCGUUUUUAUGAGGAAAUUUACAAACCAAUCCGUCGCCGAAAACACCAAUAAUCCUCUUCCUCCUCUCUUCAACCCUAACCCUAACCCUAAUUUCGAUUCGAUUCACAGGAGCAAUUCCAGCAAGCAAUUCGAUGAUUCGUCGGAUUUCGGAGGCUAUGCUACUUUUAAUGUCGCUGGGUACACCUCAAGUCAGCUCAGGGAGUUGAAGAAGCGCUUUACCUCGGAACUCGAACAGGUUCGGAUCCUGAGGGAACGGAUCGAGUCAGGGACGUUCGAGAAUCAGCAAGUUUACACUACCCCUGAGGUAUCCGCCGUUCGAUCAGCUCCGACAAAUAGCUUUGCCGGUGAAUCGAAUGACCUUGGACUGAAGAAGAAGAAGCCGAAGAAAAACGGGUCAGGUCUGAAGCGAUGCAAUCCAUUUGCUACGGAAGAGUCUCACCUGAAGCGGCCGGCGGCUUCGGAUCCGGAGUCGGAGAAACUGUUGGCCGGUAUGUUGAAUACUUGCAGUCAGAUCUUGGCCAAGCUGAUGAAGCACAAAUGGGCGUGGGUGUUCAACACGCCUGUUGAUGUGGUAAGUUUAGGGCUUCAUGAUUACCAUCUGAUCGUGAAGAAGCCCAUGGAUCUGGGUACGGUCAAGCUGAAUCUGGAGAAGAGAUUUUACGUUUCGCCGCUUGAUUUUGCAACCGAUGUCAGAUUGACAUUCAGGAAUGCAAUGGCGUAUAACCCAAAGGGACAAGAUGUGUAUUUUAUGGCUGAGAAGCUUCUGGAUCAAUUCGACGUUAUGUUCAAUCCUGCAUUCAAGAAAUUUGAGGCCCAGCAGCUAAAACUCACUGGUUCGUCAUCUCGUCCUGAAUCUGAGUUCAAGCCAAGGCAGUGGAAUCAGACUCCAGUGGCUGCAAAUGCUAGGAGAGGAACGGAACAAAUAUCUAUAGCGAAGAAGUUAGAUACAGCGAAGCCAUCACAACCUACAUUGCCUCCCCAGUUAGUCGAGCCGCCACGCGAGCGAACUCCUUCGCCUUCUCCUCCUCCUCCGCCUCCGCUUCCUCCUGCCCCUGCAGCGGUUCAGCCUCAGCCGCCUCUUCCGCAGCCGGUUAGUGAAGCUGAAGCACCUACUGAUGUGAGUGAAGUGACCAAAGGGAGGAAAGGGAAGUUGCCGAAGCCUAAGGCUAAGGAUCCAAACAAAAGACUGAUGACAUUGGAGGAGAAGUCAAAGCUUGGCAUGAAUCUACAAGACCUACCUCCUGAGAAGCUUGGGCAGUUGGUUCAGAUUCUCAGGAAGAGAAACGGACAUUUAGCUCAAGAUGGCGACGAAAUUGAGCUAGACAUUGAAGCCGUAGACAAUGAGACUCUAUGGGAGCUUGAUCGUUUCGUGACAAAUUACAAGAAGAUGGCUAGCAAAAUCAAGCGCCAAGGGUUUAUCCGUAAUGUGUCAACACCACCUCGAAACAUGACUUCGGUAGCAGAAAUGGGAAGUGCGGAGAAGAGAACAAGGAAAGGGGAUGCAGGGGAAGAGGAUGUAGACAUUGGAGAAGACAUACCGAUCGAAGAUUACCCAUCUGUAGAGAUCGAAAGAGAUGGCACUGCAGUAGCAGCUGCUGCUAGUAGUGGGUCUAGUUCUUCAGGCAGCUCUAGUUCUAGUAGCGGUUCCUCGUCUAGUGAUUCAGGGUCAGGUGGGAGUUCAUCAGGUAGUGAUUCUGAUGCGGAUAGUGUUCAAUCGCCAUUUGUGGAAGCAAAAGAAGCUCAAUGA